UUUUUCACUCCCCUUUCAUUGCUUGCUUCUUAAGCAUGGCUUCCCUCCCCCUCCAAGAACAUUUCUUAUUACCACCACCUACAAUUCUCACCUGAAAGAGGAAAAGAGCAUACCAUCCUUCUUCCUUUGAAGCUCAGGGAGGAGAGAGAUUAGCAUGACGACCGAUUGGGGGCCUGUCAUCGUGGCAGUGAUACUUUUCAUUCUCCUUUCUCCGGGGCUCUUGUUUCAGCUGCCAGCCAGGGCAAGAAUAAUAGAGUUUGGUAAUAUGUACACAAGUGGGAUCUCAAUUCUGGUUCACAGUAUCAUAUUCUUCGCAAUACUAACCAUCCUGGUGAUUGCAGUAGGCAUUCAUGUGCGUGCUGGCUGAUCAAAGAUGGUGAAAGUUUCAUGUUUUUCCACUUUGGUUUUGGACUGCUUCCUGCCAUUUCUCCCCUCAAAAAGGUUUCUUUGCUUUGCAACUGUAUGUUGGUAGAGAGAUUUGGUAUUUUUAUUCCAUCUUCACAUAAGAUGCAUCGAUUUGGAUUCACAGUUGUAUACUGAAUUAUUGAUGUCGUGCCA